AUAAGUCCAAUAACCAACUGUUAAUGGUGAUUUUGCGUCGUACGGUUGGUACCAAACCGAAAAUAGGGGUUAGGUUUAAGUCGUAAUUUCAAAACUUGAAACAAUUUUUAAUGUAAAAAACACGUGCAUAAGUUUCGGUUUAAAUUUAUUAAGAAAAUUACAACAUGUUUAGUGCGGUUAGACAGUCGGCGAAAUUAGUGAGGUUAGGUAAUUUCGUGCGUGUGCCCCCUUAUCGGCCCCCCAGAUCGUUUUUUUGUGCCGAGGCGGCUCAAGGUCCCAAUAUUGAGGCACUCACAAAUGGGGACAAAGAACUGGAACAUAAGUUGAAAGUUUUAAUUCUGGAAGUUGAUGUCAUGAGACAGGAGGGUAAAUUGGUUCCUGACGAUGAGUUCCUCAAAGACAAGCAUUGGAAAGAACUGCUCGAAUUGCCGACUUAUUCGGCCCGCAAGCGCUUGUUAGAAUAUCUAUUUAAAAUCUCAAAAAAGAAGGAAAACAGACUGAUCAAAAAAGAAGAGAAAAAGCAGCAACGCGGGGACAAGCCCGAAAAGAAGGAAAACGAAACGCUUGAAGAGUUCGUCUCGACGUACGAUUUGGCCCACAAUAAUAUUUUUCUGCGGGUUUACGAUAACACAAUCAAUCAGUUGUACAAUAACCGGUUGGUUCAAGCGAUGCAAUUUGGGCAAAAACUGGUGGUGGAUUGUGGCUAUGACCAGGAUAUGACAGUCAGGGAAAAUAAAAACUGUGCCAAACAACUGACUUUAUUAUUUGCCGAAAAUCGGGCCCAUGAUGAUCCCUUCGAUUUGCAUUAUUGUAGCCUCGCCCCUGACACCAUCCUCCACGAAACUCUUCAGAGUAAUAUUGCAACGUUGCACGAACCUUGGUUCCCCCUCAACGUGCACGAAACCAGUUAUUUGGAAAAAUUCCCGAGGGAACAGUUGGUUUAUUUAACCCCUCAUUGCCGGGAAGAACUGGUGAAGUAUGACCAUGACGCCAUCUACAUUAUCGGCGCAAUUGUCGACAAGGUCAACACUCAGCCCUUAUCCCUGGCCAAGGCCAAGCGUGAGGGGCUGAGAAUGGCCAAACUGCCCCUUGACCGCUACCUCCAAUGGGGCUCCGGUUCGGGCAAAAGCCUCACUUUAAAUCAAUGUGUGGCAAUUUUGUUGGACGUUAAGCACACCGGCGACUGGGAAUACGCUCUGAGGCACGUCCCCAGACGGAAAAUCAUCCAAAUGACCGACCAAAAAGAACAGAAAUCCUUCAAAAGCAGGUUCUGGAAGCCAGGCAAGAAACUGGAUUUAUCCAGGAAGGAUAGGAGAGUAGAAGUUAGGAGUAUCAUGUAUGAUGAAAAUUAAACACAGUAGAUUAUUAA